AUGCAUUUAGAAAAGCAUGCUAAAACACUUAUAUAUUAUUAUAAUAGUUCAGAUGAGGACGAGGAAGAUUAUAAUAAGAAAGCCUUAUCAUAUAGAAAUGAUUUUAACGAUAUGGAUGACUAAGUUCUAAGAUUGAAAUAAGAGAACUUAAACAAUAAAUAAUCGAUUACUGAUUUAUUAGAAGAAUUAGAAAUUCAUUAACAAAGGGUUGUAUUAUUACAGUAGUCAUUAAUGGAUUAAAAGAAAUUAGCUUAAGAUUCUUAAGAUCAACUGAGGAGAAUCCAAGUGAAGAAAUAGGAGGAUAAAUUGUUGAAGGAAUAGAAAAGAUUUCAAGACAAAUUUGCCUUGUAAACAAAUACAUCACUAGAGAAAUUAAGAUAGCAUUUUGAUUUUACACUACAAUAGCUUACACCAAAGCCUAAUAACAGAUGA